GGCUGUGCUGCUGAGGCGCUUCCUCGGGCUCGCCGGGUGGGAGGAGAGGAGGAGGAGGAGGUGGAGGAGGAGGAGGCAGAGAGGGUGGAGAGAGAAAGCCACGCCGAGAGGAGGUGUGGGUGUUCCGCUUCCAUCCUAACGGAACGAGCUCCCGCUUCGCAGCAUGGGAUUACCCGGCGGCUGCUGACCCCGCUCCUCACCCUGCGCCCCGAAACCGCCGUGGCUCCCCGGGCAGCAAGGAGCUGACUGCUGCGCGCAGGACUCGCACCCCUGGCGGGACACGUUCUGGCAGCGGAGUGCCUGACGGGGGUCAGGCUUUUCGAGAAAGACAUGUCUGACAAGAUGUCGAGUUUCCUGCACAUCGGGGACAUAUGCUCCCUGUACGCGGAGGGAUCGACAAAUGGAUUCAUCAGCACGUUGGGGCUGGUCGACGAUCGCUGUGUUGUGCAGCCGGAAACUGGAGACCUAAACAAUCCGCCCAAGAAGUUCAGAGACUGCCUGUUCCGGCUCUGCCCCAUGAACCGCUACUCCGCGCAGAAGCAGUUCUGGAAGGCGGCCAAGCCGGGCGCCAACAGCACCACGGACGCCGUGCUGCUCAACAAGCUGCACCACGCGGCCGACCUGGAGAAGAAGCAGAACGAGACGGAGAACAGGAAGCUGCUGGGGACCGUCAUCCAGUACGGCAACGUGAUCCAGCUCCUGCAUCUGAAAAGUAACAAGUACCUGACUGUGAACAAGAGGCUGCCGGCCCUGCUGGAGAAGAACGCCAUGCGAGUGACGCUGGACGAGGCGGGGAAUGAGGGCUCCUGGUUCUACAUCCAGCCCUUCUACAAGCUGCGGUCCAUCGGGGACAGUGUAAGUGCAGGUCCCAGCCCGGGGCUGCGGUCCCUCCAUCGGGGACAGUGUGAGUGUGUGUCCCAGCCCGGGGCUGCGGUCAAUUCCGUCAACUGCAACACCAGCUGGAAGGUCGUGCUGUUCAUGAAGUGGAGCGACAACAAGGAGGACAUACUCAAGGGGGUGGUCCAGCACGACCCGUGUCGGGGAGGCGCCGGGUACUGGAACAGCCUCUUCCGGUUCAAGCACCUGGCCACCGGGCACUACUUGGCCGCAGAGGCGGACCCCGACCAGGACGCCUCCCGCAGCCGGCUGCGCAACGCCCAGGAGAAGAUGGUGUACUCCCUGGUGUCCGUGCCCGAGGGCAACGACAUCUCCUCCAUCUUCGAGCUGGACCCCACCACCCUCCGCGGAGGCGACAGCCUGGUCCCCAGGAACUCCUAUGUGCGGCUCAGACACCUGUGCACCAACACCUGGGUGCACAGCACCAACAUCCCCAUCGACAAGGAGGAGGAGAAGCCUGUGAUGCUGAAGAUCGGCACCUCGCCCGUGAAGGAGGACAAGGAGGCGUUCGCCAUUGUGCCGGUCUCCCCUGCGGAGGUCCGGGACCUGGACUUCGCCAACGACGCCAGCAAGGUGCUGGGCUCCAUCGCAGGGAAGCUGGAGAAGGGCACCAUCACGCAGAACGAGAGGAGGUCGGUGACCAAGCUGCUCGAAGACUUGGUGUACUUCGUCACCGGGGGGACCAACUCCGGUCAGGACGUGCUGGAGGUGGUCUUCUCCAAGCCCAACCGCGAGCGGCAGAAGCUGAUGCGGGAGCAGAACAUCCUCAAGCAGAUCUUCAAGUUGCUGCAGGCCCCGUUCACAGACUGCGGGGACGGCCCGAUGCUGCGGCUGGAGGAGCUGGGCGACCAGCGGCACGCCCCGUUCCGGCACAUCUGCCGGCUCUGCUACCGGGUCCUCCGGCACUCGCAGCAGGACUACAGGAAGAACCAGGGAGUGAGCUGCCCGGGCGCCCCCGGGUUCGGCUUCAUGCAGAAGCAGAUCGGCUACGACGUGCUGGCGGAGGACACCAUCACCGCCCUGCUGCACAACAACCGGAAGCUGCUGGAGAAGCACAUCACGGCGGCCGAGAUCGACACCUUCCUCUCUCUCUCCCGCAGGUUCUUAGACUACCUGUCCGACCUGUGUGUGUCCAUGAACAAGUCCAUCCCGGUGACCCAGGAGCUCAUCUGCAAAGCGGUGCUCAACCCAACCAACGCCGACAUCCUGAUCGAGACCAAGCUGGUCCUUUCCCGCUUCGAGUUCGAAGGGGUGUCCUCGGGGGAGAGUGCGCUGGAGGCGGGUGAGGACGAGGAGGAGGUGUGGCUGUUCUGGAGGGACAGCAGCAAGGAGACCCGCAGCAAGAGCGUGCGGGAGCUGGCGCAGGACGCCAAGGAGGGCCAGAAGGAGGACCGCGACGUGCUCAGCUACUACCGGUACCAGCUGAACCUCUUCGCCAGGAUGUGUCUGGACCGCCAGUACCUGGCCAUCAACGAGAUCUCCGGCCAGCUGGACGUGGACCUCAUUCUGCGCUGCAUGUCGGACGAGAACCUGCCCUACGACCUACGGGCCUCCUUCUGCCGCCUCAUGCUCCACAUGCACGUGGACCGAGACCCGCAGGAGCAGGUCACGCCCGUGAAGUACGCCCGCCUCUGGUCCGAGAUCCCAUCGGAGAUCGCCAUUGACGACUAUGACAGCAACGGGGCCUCCAAAGAUGAGAUUAAGGAGCGGUUCGCGCAGACCAUGGAGUUUGUGGAGGAGUACCUCCGAGACGUGGUGUGCCAGAGGUUCCCUUUCUCGGAUAAGGAGAAGAACAAGCUGACGUUCGAGGUUGUGAACUUAGCGAGGAAUCUCAUCUACUUUGGUUUCUACAACUUCUCUGACCUCCUGCGAUUGACCAAAAUCCUCCUGGCCAUCCUGGACUGCGUGCACGUGACCACCAUCUUCCCCAUCAGCAAGAUGGCGAAGGGAGAAGAGAACAAAGGCAGCAACGUGAUGCGGUCCAUCCACGGGGUCGGGGAGCUGAUGACCCAGGUGGUGCUGCGAGGAGGGGGCUUCUUGCCCGUGACCCCCAUGGCCGCCGCCCCCGAAGGCAACGUGAAGCAGGCGGAGCCAGAGAAGGAGGACAUCAUGGUGAUGGACACCAAGCUGAAGAUCAUCGAGAUCCUGCAGUUUAUCUUGAACGUGAGGCUGGACUACAGGAUCUCCUGCCUCCUGUGCAUAUUUAAGCGCGAGUUCGACGAGAGCAAUUCCCAGACGUCGGAGGCGUCCUCGGGCAGCAGCAGCCAGGAGGCGCCCGGCAGCGUGCCCGGCGCUCUGGACUUUGAACACAUUGAGGAGCAAGCGGAGGGCAUCUUCGGAGGAAGUGAGGAGAACACCCCGCUGGACCUGGACGACCACGGCGGCAGGACCUUCCUCCGGGUCCUGCUGCACCUGACGAUGCACGACUACCCGCCCCUGGUGUCGGGGGCCCUGCAGCUGCUCUUCCGGCACUUCAGCCAGCGGCAGGAGGUGCUGCAGGCCUUCAAGCAGGUUCAACUGCUGGUUACCAGUCAGGACGUGGACAACUACAAGCAGAUCAAGCAGGACCUGGACCAGCUGAGGUCCAUCGUGGAGAAGUCCGAGCUCUGGGUGUACAAGGGGCAGGGCCCCGACGAGGCCAUGGACGGCGCGUCUGGGGAAAACGAGCACAAGAAGGCGGAGGAGGGGAACAACAAGGCCCCGAAGCACGAGAGCACGAGCAGCUACAACUACAGGGUCGUCAAGGAGGUGAGUGCCAGCGUGCGCAAGAGCCGGAAGCAGCAGCAGCGGCUGCUCAGGAACAUGAGCGCGCACGCCGUGGUGCUGGAGCUGCUGCAGAUCCCCUACGAGAAGGCCGAGGACACCAAGAUGCAGGAGAUCAUGCGGCUGGCACACGAGUUCCUGCAGAACUUCUGCGCGGGCAACCAGCAGAACCAGGCCCUGCUGCACAAGCACAUAAACCUGUUCCUCAACCCGGGGAUCCUGGAGGCGGUGACCAUGCAGCACAUCUUCAUGAACAACUUCCAGCUCUGCAGCGAGAUCAACGAGCGGGUGGUCCAGCACUUCGUGCACUGCAUCGAGACGCACGGCCGCAACGUGCAGUACAUCAAGUUCCUGCAGACCAUCGUCAAGGCCGAAGGGAAGUUCAUCAAGAAGUGCCAGGACAUGGUCAUGGCCGAGCUGGUGAACUCCGGCGAGGACGUGCUCGUGUUCUACAACGACCGGGCCUCCUUCCAGACGCUGAUCCAGAUGAUGCGGUCGGAGCGGGACCGCAUGGACGAGAACAGCCCGCUCAUGUACCACAUCCACCUGGUGGAGCUGCUGGCCGUGUGCACCGAGGGCAAGAACGUCUACACCGAGAUCAAGUGCAACUCCCUGCUGCCCCUGGACGACAUCGUGCGCGUGGUGACCCACGAGGACUGCAUCCCCGAGGUCGAGAUCGCCUACAUCAACUUCCUGAACCACUGCUACGUGGACACCGAGGUGGAGAUGAAGGAGAUCUACACCAGCAACCACAUGUGGAAGCUGUUCGAGAAUUUCCUCGUGGACAUCUGCAGGGCCUGCAACAACACGAGUGACCGGCGGCACGCGGACUCCAUCCUGGAGAAGUACGUGACCGAGAUCGUCAUGAGCAUCGUGACCACGUUCUUCAGCUCCCCCUUCUCCGACCAGAGCACCACGCUGCAGACCCGCCAGCCGGUCUUCGUGCAGCUGCUGCAGGGCGUGUUCCGCGUCUACCACUGCAACUGGCUGGCGCCCGGCCAGAAGGCCUCGGUGGAGGGCUGCAUCCGCGUGCUCUCCGACGUGGGUAAGACGCGGUUCAGGCCCCACGUCUCACCCUCGGUGCUGGCCGCCUCCAGGGACUACCGCAACAUCAUCGAGAGGCUGCAGGACAUCGUCUCGGCGCUGGAGGACCGGCUGCGGCCGCUGGUGCAGGCCGAGCUGUCGGUGCUGGUGGACGUGCUGCACCGGCCGGAGCUGCUCUUCCCGGAGAACACGGACGCCCGGAGGAAGUGCGAGAGCGGGGGCUUCAUCUGCAAGCUGAUAAAACACACCAAACAGCUGCUGGAGGAGAACGAGGAGAAGCUGUGCAUUAAGGUCCUGCAGACGCUGCGGGAGAUGAUGACCAAGGACCGCGGCUACGGCGAGAAGCUCAUUUCCAUUGAUGAACUGGAGAACGCCGAGCUGCCACAGGCCCCGGACCCCGAGAGCUCCACAGAGGAGGCCGAGCCAAGUCCGCCCCUGAGGCAACUGGAGGACCAUAAACGGGGUGAGGCGCUCAGGCAAAUUUUGGUCAACCGUUACUAUGGCAACGUCAGACCUUCCGGGAGAAGAGAGAGCCUCACCAGCUUCGGCAACGGCCCGCUGUCGCCCGGAGGACCCAGCAAGCCCGGGGGCGGAGGGGGCGGCUCCGGGUCCAGCUCCAUGAGCCGCGGCGAGAUGAGCCUGGCCGAGGUCCAGUGCCACCUGGACAAGGAGGGGGCCUCCAACCUGGUCAUCGACCUCAUCAUGAACGCGUCCAGCGACCGCGUGUUCCACGAGAGCAUCCUCCUGGCCAUCGCCCUUCUGGAAGGAGGCAACACCACCAUACAGCACUCCUUCUUCUGCCGGCUGACGGAAGACAAGAAGUCGGAGAGAUUCUUCAAGGUCUUCUACGACCGCAUGAAGGUGGCCCAGCAGGAAAUCAAGGCCACGGUGACGGUGAACACGAGCGACUUGGGAAACAAAAAGAAAGACGAGGAGACGGACAGGGACGCCCCUUCCCGGAAGAAAGCCAAAGAGCCCUCGACGCAGAUCACGGAGGAGGCCCGCGACCAGCUCCUGGAGGCCUCGGCCGCCACCAGGAAGGCCUUCACCGCCUUCCGGAGAGAGGCCGACCCCGACGACCACUACCAGUCCGGGGAGGGCGCGCAGGCCGCGGCCGACAAGCCCAAGGACGAGCUGGAGAUGAGCGCGGUCAUCACCAUCAUGCAGCCCAUCCUGCGCUUCCUGCAGCUGCUGUGCGAGAACCACAACCGGGACCUGCAGAACUUCCUCCGCUGCCAGAACAACAAGACCAACUACAACCUGGUGUGCGAGACGCUCGGCUCGUGCAUCUGCGGCAGCACCACGGGCGGCCUGGGGCUGCUCGGCCUCUACAUCAACGAGAAGAACGUGGCACUCAUCAACCAGACGCUGGAGAGCCUGACCGAGUACUGCCAGGGGCCCUGCCACGAGAACCAGAACUGCAUCGCCACCCACGAGUCCAACGGCAUCGACAUCAUCACGGCCCUGAUCCUGAACGACAUCAACCCGCUGGGGAAGAAGCGGAUGGACCUGGUGCUGGAGCUGAAGAACAACGCCUCCAAGCUGCUGCUGGCCAUCAUGGAGAGCAGGCACGACAGCGAGAACGCCGAGCGCAUCCUCUACAACAUGCGGCCCAAGGAGCUGGUGGAGGUGAUCAAGAAGGCCUACCUGCAGGGGGAGGGGGAGGAGGAGCCAGAGGAGGGCGAGAACGAGGAGAACGGCGAGGACGGAGCGGCCUCCCCCCGGAACGUGGGCCACAACAUCUACAUAUUAGCUCAUCAGCUGGCGCGGCACAACAAGGAGCUGCAGAGCAUGCUGAAGCCGGGGGGCCAGGUGGACGGGGACGAGGCCCUGGAGUUCUACGCCAAGCACACGGCCCAGAUCGAGAUCGUCCGGCUGGACCGCACCAUGGAGCAGAUCGUCUUCCCGGUGCCCAGCAUCUGCGAGUUCCUCACCAAGGAGUCCAAGCUGCGCAUCUACUACACCACCGAGCGCGACGAGCAGGGCAGCAAGAUCAACGACUUCUUCCUGCGCUCGGAGGACCUCUUCAACGAGAUGAACUGGCAGAAGAAGCUGCGAGCCCAGCCCGUGCUGUACUGGUGCGCCCGCAACAUGUCCUUCUGGAGCAGCAUCUCCUUCAACCUGGCCGUGCUCAUGAACCUGCUCGUGGCCUUCUUCUACCCGUUCCGCGGCGCCCGGGGAGGGACGCUGGAGCCGCACUGGUCGGGGCUGCUGUGGACGGCCAUGCUCGUCUCGCUGGCCAUUGUCAUCGCGCUCCCCAAGCCCCACGGCAUCCGGGCGCUGAUCGCGUCCACGAUCCUGCGGCUCAUCUUCUCCGUGGGGCUGCAGCCCACGCUCUUCCUCCUGGGCGCUUUCAACGUCUGCAACAAGAUCAUCUUCCUGAUGAGCUUCGUGGGCAACUGCGGCACGUUCACGCGGGGCUACCGCGCCAUGGUGCUGGACGUGGAGUUCCUCUACCACCUGCUGUACCUGCUCAUCUGCGCCCUCGGGCUCUUCGUGCACGAGUUCUUCUACAGCCUGCUGCUCUUUGACCUGGUGUACAGAGAGGAGACCCUGCUCAACGUCAUCAAGAGCGUCACCCGCAACGGGCGCUCCAUCAUCCUGACGGCAGUGCUGGCGCUGAUCCUGGUCUACCUCUUCUCCAUCGUGGGCUACCUCUUCUUCAAGGCCGACUUCCUGCUGGAGGUGGACCCGCUGCCCAACGACACCGCCCUCCCAGAGGCCGGCGAGAGCUUGGCCAGCGAGUUCCUGUUCUCGGACGUGUGCAGGGUGGGGUCUGGGGAGAACUGCUCCUCUCCUGCACCCCAGGAAGCGCUGCUCCCGGCCGAGGAGCCGGAGCAGGACAAGGAGCACACGUGCGAGACCCUACUGAUGUGCAUCGUCACCGUGCUGAGCCACGGGCUGCGGAGCGGCGGCGGCGUGGGCGACGUGCUCAGGAAGCCGUCCAAAGAGGAGCCCCUGUUCGCCGCCCGCGUCAUCUACGACCUGCUCUUCUUCUUCAUGGUCAUCAUCAUCGUGCUGAACCUCAUCUUCGGGGUCAUCAUCGACACCUUCGCCGACCUGAGGAGCGAGAAGCAGAAGAAAGAGGAGAUCCUCAAGACCACGUGCUUCAUCUGCGGCUUGGAAAGGGACAAGUUUGACAACAAGACGGUCACCUUCGAGGAGCACAUCAAGGAGGAGCACAACAUGUGGCACUACCUGUGCUUCAUCGUCCUGGUGAAGGUGAAGGACUCCACGGAGUACACAGGCCCCGAGAGCUACGUGGCCGAGAUGAUCCAGGAGAGAAACCUCGACUGGUUCCCCCGGAUGAGAGCCAUGUCCCUGGUCAGCAGCGACUCGGAGGGCGAGCAGAACGAGCUGCGGAACCUGCAGGAGAAGCUCGAGUCCACCAUGAAGCUCGUCUCCAACCUCUCGGGCCAGCUGUCCGAGCUCAAGGACCAGAUGACAGAACAGAGGAAGCAGAAGCAGCGGAUCGGCCUCCUGGGACACCCUCCGCACAUGAACGCCAACCCCCAGCAGCCCGCGUGAGCGCCGGGGCGGCCGACUCGCCUCCCUGACCCCCGGCGUGGGGGCGGCGCGUCCCCACUCGCCCCGCGCGGCUCCGGCUGCGCCGAGGGCGUCUGUAAAUACUCCGUUUAUACUGGAUGUACAUGAUCGCUACUCUCGAGGUUGGAUGUACGUAUUGUAAUUAGAAUUGGCACGGUGACCUUUCAUUUGUGCCAAAAUAUAUUAAAAAUGCCUUUUUUGGAAAGGACUACAGAAAGCACCUGAUUUGCACUUGAACCAGAGUAUAGAUUUAAAGCUAUAGGACAUGUAUUUUGUAUUUAAAUCUAGAAUAGCCAGUAUUUAUGUUUUUUAUAAACUGUGCAAUACGGUUACGCGAUCACAGUGACUCUGUAGCCCCCGAGCGUCCCGGAGGGAGCCCGCGUCGUAGAAGCUGGCGUGUUCAUAUUAUGUGAUAAAUGUCUAACGAUGCUGCUGCCAAAAUGUAGUGCCGGGGCGCGCAGGCCUGGGCGGCUGUGCCACGGAGGCUCCUGUGGGGACACCGUUGGCCGUCACUGGUGGCGUCGGCGCCCCAAGCCUCCGAAGCGGCAAGUCCGCCUUCGUUUUAAGAGGAGCAACUUCAGCUUCAAAGAUCCUUUUAAGCUUCCAAAUGGAUCGUUUAAACUAUUUCUUUGCCUAAGAGCUAAACUAGAGGCUCAGACGUUAGCUUGUGAAGUUAAUAGACUUCCUUAAAGGGGUCAAUGCAUCCCGCUGGCCAAUCGAUGUCCGCUCCUGGCGAAUGUUGGUGUCGUGCUAUAAAACACGCCAUCGAUGGUCCCUAGAUUAUCUAGUCCCAACGGUAGGUGGUUUUUCCCUUCAUCUGAACCUACGUGCUGCGGGAGCUGCGAGGUGUUGCCAUACAGAGAGAUGAAGGGGCUCGUCCCGUGAGAGCUCCGCGCUGAACACUGACACGUGGUUCUUGUGAAAGAGCCUCGUUUGGGUUUUCUUUCUUUGUCACAUGGAUUCUCCUGCGGGUGGAUGGAGAGUGUGAGAGGAGACUGUUGCUGAGUUUUGUACCUGGAUCUCAUUUUACAAGAGACUCUUCUGCAAAAAAAAAGUUUUAAAAAUGUGUUGAAAGCAGAUGUCUAGCGAGUGACGUCUGUAAAUGCCUGUGUGAGGAUAAAUAUUUAAUAAACGAUGCAGACCAUGGA